UACCUGGAGAUCUGUCGUCUCCUCAUUGAUACAGGAUGUAAGAUCGACAUCACAACAAACAGUGGAUACACAGCUUUACAUUGGGCUGCUGAGGAGGGAUAUCUACAGAUCACAAGAUGUCUGGUAGAACAAGGAGGCGCCAGUCUCUUGGUUACAACACAUCAGGGUGAGACUCCAUAUGAUCUAGCAGCAAAAAGCAAAAAGAGGCAUUAUGAAGAAGUGAUGGAAUACUUACAGGAACUAUCAAAUCCAAUUUUGACCAAACUCAGACAGUUAAAUAGAAAUGAGUUCCAGGAUCUUGUAGCUCUCGGAACAUUUGCUUCCUAUGAAAACAGGGUUUAUUUGUCUGGGCCUUGUAACAUUGGGAAAUCGUCGCUUGCAAGUAUUCUUAUCGGCGAGGAAAUUCCAAAGACGUGGUUUUCAACUGAUGGACUAAUUAUUCAUUUUGGAAGAAAUGGCAUCGACUUACAACAACGAAAGAUGAUUCCAUUGGUAAAAGGUAGUGGUGAUGUUUUAGCAAAACUACUUCUCGGGAAUCCAGAAUUAAAGAAACAACCAAGUCUGCAAGAUGAGAGUAUAGAAAAAAAUCAAGGUGAUCCAAAGUCUAAUGUUAAAACAAAGGGAAAUCAAUUAAAUCUAUCGAAUGUAAAUCUGGGUCCUUCAAACCAGGAACACAUGUCAUCGAAAUCCAAUCAGGAGACAUCAAAAGACUUCAAGGAACAACCAAUCCAUACUGCCCAUUCCAUUCAAGAUGAUUUAUUGGAAAAGAUUAAGAAAGGUACAAAUAUCAUGAAUAUAGCACCAUCAGAUCUGGUCGAUUUUGGUGGACAAAAAUCAUUUGAUAUGACCCAUCAGUUAUUUAUCCAGCACAAGGGAACGUUCAUUCUGAUGUUUGAUGGACGUAAAGGCCUUUAUACAGAAUUAGAAGAAUAUCCGCAAGGAGAUGUUACUGCAGCAUCUAUUCUGGAGCAUUGGAUUAAUUCUGUAUUGACAUACUGUAACAAAACUGAAGAUAAAAUGCCAAGAAUUUUGUUUGCGGCCACUCAUAGUGAUAGCUUCUCAGAGGAUGAGCAAAAGAAACUGGUGCUUAAAUUCAAAGAAGAACUGCGGAAAAUGUUUUCCUUACACAAGCUUCAUGAGCAUAUCAUGUAUGACAAUGUCUUUUUCAUGAAUGCAACGGAUGCAGCAGAUCGAGAUAUUGAGCGCUUGAAGGAUACAUUAGUUGAUAUCGCCUUUCAGCAGUCAACAUGGGGACAACAGAUGCCGAUUGUUUGGGUGCCUCUUGAUUUACAGAUAUCAGAUAUGAGAGCAGAGGGAGUAAAGUUGAUAACAAAGAAGAGACUUUUAGAGAUAAACAAAUCUAAUAAUGAAUUUGCUCUAAAUGAAAGAAGAGUAGACGAUUUCUUACUUGUUCAGCACUCAAUCGGAAAGCUGUUGUAUUUCGAUGAACCUGCUUUGAGAGAUUUCAUUGUCAUUCAACCUUCAGCAAUGGUCAAUAUCCUGAGAGCCUUCGUUACAGACAUAAUGUUUUGGCCAGAAAAAGGACCUGUUCGAGACAUACUUGAAAAAUUAUCAUCUACUGGAGUUCUAAAGAAGACAGAUCUUAUUACUCUUUGGUCACAACCAGCUUUCAAGGAAAUUUUGACCGAUAUCAGAACAAAGGAAUAUAUAGUGCAAGUCCUCCUCCAUCUAGAUAUCCUUGUAGAACCUAAAAGAUACACUGAAACGGAAGUUGCUGCAGAUUCUUUUCUAGUACCCUGCAUUGUGAAGGAAAAUAUUCCACAAAAAAUGCGCAGAAAUGCAACAGACGACAAAACACUAUGCAUAGCUUAUCAUCUGAAGGAGACAGUAGUUCCAUCUACUUUGUCGUUCAAGCUUAUAGGGGCUGCUAUUAGCAUCUGGCCUCUGAAAGUAGACACCUCUCGGUUUUGUCUUUAUUUUCAAGCUGCAAUUAUGGAUGCUGACAACAGAAAUGAACUUCAAAUUCAUGUUAAAGGGCAGAGAAUAUUUGCAUACCUCAUCAAUGACGAGUCAAAGCAGCUCAUAUCACCAGAUCUAGCAACAACAACACAGGAAUGCCUAACUUUGGCACUUGAACGAAUUCUUCAGUUUUACCAUCGUUGUUUUGGUAAACAAAGUCACCAUUUAAUGUCAGAUCUGUUUGAAAUAGAAGUCGGAGAAGUAUGCAAAGGCGAAACGUGCUUACUUCCAUUUUGUGAUGCUAAAACAAGAAAGUCUUGGAUAUGCAAGAAUGGAAUAGAACAUAAAACCAAAAUUUCUCUGAACUGGGUUUUUGAUAAGAAUAAAGAGACUUGUGACGAAAACUGCAAUGGUCUUGGCUCAGAAAUGCUCCUCCUAGAACCAAAUGAUCAUCAUUUCGUCCAUUUAGCACAAAUAAUGGGGAUUGAUGAGUUUCGUGAAUUCUUGAUUCAUCUAGGUAUCAGCACAGCUGAUUACGAAAAAUUGAAUCAUUGUUAUUACUCAAAUCCAAUGAAUUUUAUGUUGAUGGGGUUGUUUAAAUGGAGGGAUAAGGCAGAAAUUGACCAAUCAAAAUCAACAUUUGAGGAAUUGAUGAGAGCUCUGACAGCUAUUGAUAGAAAACAUUAUCUUUGCAAGGUACAGAGAGAGGACCAUAGUUUGAUGGUAAAAUCUCACAGUCGCCUUCAAGAUGUUCCACCAGAAGAGGUAAUUAAAGCUUUGACGCAAAAGAACCUAAUAGGUGACUGCGUUGUUCACUUUGGUAUUGAACUGGGUCUUACCAGUGUGGACAUCAGUAAGACUUUGUACAAUUUCCAAAGGGAUUUAGAUGGUCAAAUACAUGAUCUUCUUAUGAAAUGGAUGAAGACAGAUGGGAAGAAACCAACAAUAUACUGGUUGAUGGUGGCUUUAAAACGUGUUCAAGCAGUGAAAGGAUUCAACUAUGUGAAGAAAAAAUAUUGUGUUGAAUAAGAUUGUGUGCUCAAGUAGGAAAAAAGUAAUCAGUAUAUAGGAUAAGGAUAAUACUUUUUCUUAGAUAAACUGUACCCAUUGGUGGCCUUGGUAUGUUUUCUACUCAAUGGUCGGUUUAGUGCCUGUUUCACACAUUCCCUGUUUUCUGCUCAUUGGUCAGUUUAGUGCCUGUUUCACACAUUCCCUGUUUUCUGCUCAUUGGUCGGUUUAGUGCCUGUUUCACACAUUCCCUGUUUUCUCCUCAUUGGUCAGUUUAGUGCCUGUUUCACACAUUCCUUGUUUUCGGCUCAAUGGUCGGUUUAGUGCCUGUUUCACACAUUCCGUUUUCUGCUCAUUGGUCAGUUUAGUGCCUGUUUCACACAUUCCUUGUUUUCGGCUCAAUGGUCGGUUUAGUGCCUGUUUCACACAUUCCGUUUUCAGCUCAUUGGUCAGUUUAGUGCCUGUUUCACACAUUCCUUGUUUUCAUUCUCUAUUUCAGAUUUUUAACUCAUUUUCGUAUUUCCUGCAAACAAUGGUGAUUGCCAUUGGCGUCAUUUUUUGUCGAACUUGCAACUUCUGUUUUGAUAAUGAUCCAGCAUAAAUUAUCAUCUAAAUUUCAUGGGGCAUUAGCCAGUGUUGAGUUCAUGUUUCAGAGUGUUUCUUAGUAACUAUAUGCACUGAUUCAACUAUAGUUGUAUUUUAUGACUUUUAAGCAUAUAUUUCUGUCUGGAUGGCUUGUAUUAUGUUCAAUGUUUUCAGUUGAUGAUUUUGGCUUUUCAACUCUACGCACUGCACUCUUUGUCACCAACUGUUCCUAAUUUGUUGAUAAAUGUAUGCAGGCUUUUUAUGUUGUCACCUUAUUUGAAGGAGAAAUGUUUAAUUUUUCGUCCUAUAAGUAGUUUUUACAUGUUAGACAGAGAGAAGUGAAGACCUUAUAUAGUUCGGGCUUCAUGAGAAUUAAGUAGAAGGGAUUGAACAUGUUAGAUAAAUGCUCUUUGAAUGAUACAUUUAAUAGAUUCAUAAGCAUUUACACUUUCAGGGAUAUUCUUUCUUGAAAAUUAAGAUUUAAUGAGUUAUCCAAUCAGAGACGUAAAAAGAAACACAUAGACUUUUUUUCAGAAUUUAAAAUUCCUUUCAAACAAUCCUGUUCAGAGAGGUUAAUCCAUAUCGAUAGAAAUGACAAUUCACUAUUAUAAUAUCCACCCUUUCCCUUUGCAAAUAAAUUUCCUACAUUUAUACUAUGUACAAAUGUAAGUUCUUUACUGGCUAUAAAUGACCAAAUAUAGUGGUAACCGUGAUUUAUAGGAAAUAACACAAUACUUUUCUGCCAAAUAUCAAAUGGCUGCAAACAAAUGUAAAUAGCAAUGUUGAUUGUGAUCUAGAUUCGUUUGCAAGCUUAUUAUUUUUAUUGAUCGAAUUUGAAAAUAAAUUCCAUCCAAAGUCUUUUGAUUAAUUAACAUUUUAAGACGCGAAUCAAUGCAUGUGGUUUUAAAUUAGAAAGAUGUUCUCUGUAUUUUUUUGUUAAAUAAUUGUAUGUUUUGAGAUUAUGACGCAGUAAUGACUGCUAUAUCCAUAUGCUGACUAUUUUACUUAUUAUGUCUGUUUAUUCACGCAUCGUUGUAAAUAUAACUGAAUGUGAUGCGACUGUCAUACAAAUGAGAGGUUUUGCGCUAUAAAACCAGGUUUAAUCCCCCAUUUUCUACAUUUGAAAAUGCAUGUACCAAGUCAGGAAUAUGACAGUUGUCCAUUCGUUUUAUGUGUUAUAUCAUUUAAUUUUGCUAUUUGAUUAAGGACUUACAGUUUUGAAUUUUCCUCAGAGUUCAGUAUUUUUGUGAUUUUACUUUUAAAGCAUUUGGAUUUUUAAAAUAGUUUGGCUUUUUAACUGUUUUUGAUUUGAGCGCACUGGCGAGUCUUUAGCAGUCGAAAUGCGCGUUUGGACUAAAUACAAAAGUUAGUCCUGGUACCUAUAAUGAGUUUAUUUAUUACCACUGGGUCGAUACCACUGCUGGUGGAGUUUAAAUUCCUCGAAUUCUGUGCUGACAUGGAUUAUCAUUUUAAACAACGGUUAUAUUUAUAAAUUAACUGUAUACAAAAAUGCCAAAUCUGAUCCUGGUAUCUAUAAUGAGUUUAUUUGCAUACAAUUGUCCAUUUUGUUAAUAAAUGCAAUCAACAGUCAGUCCUUGUGGUUGUUAUACAUGUUAUAGAUGUAUUUAAUUAAGUAGUCUAUUAACGGACAAUUUACAAAAGUACUGACUAAUGAGCUGAAGAAACCAUUGGGGACUGAUGAAUCGAAAAAAAAAAUGAAGAAAAAUAUAAUAGACCUUUAAAAUAGUUAUCAAAGGUAUCAGGCUUAAUAUUAAAUACGCCAGACUCGCGUGUUUCCUCUACAUAAGACUCAUCAGUGAACAUGCAUUAUAGUUCGAAAGCCAAACAAGUACAAAGUUGAAGAGCAUCGUAUAGACCUAACAUUCCAAAAAAUUGUGGCAAAUAUCGCUUAAGAAAUUUAUCUGGGAAAAAGUUAAAUGGUGGGGCGCUAUGAAAAGGGAAAAUGACUGUCUGUAAUCUGUUAAAAAAGCACUGUAUAAUUCAUGUAAUUGUUGAUUUUUGAUUCUUUGUUUUUAUUUCACGCUGUUAAUCGCAGACACGGGUUAUGGGUAGGUUGGCUGCCCACAAGCAUAUUUAACCUGACACAUUCUGAAUCGGCUGUAAUUCACUGCUAUUAGUUUGUUGGUGCAUAUCGUAUUUGAUUUUUGUAUUUGUGCUUUAUGAUUUAAUAUUAUAUUGUAAAAGAAAUUGAAUUUAUACAUUUGUUUACCUAACAUUUUGAGGAAAGACACUAUUGGCCGCAAUCAAGGCUCUUAAAAGUGUUUACUCUGAAUCUUAAAAUGAACUGUAAUGAGAAGAUUUGUUUAGCCGAGAAGUACAGUUUUUGAUAGAUAUCAAUUUCAGAACCAGGUUAAUUGCAUUUUGAUAAUUUAUGAUAAUGUUGGAUUUCCAGGCAAAAAUGAAAGGACAGCCAAAAGUUUCCUAAUUCCAACUUUGCAAUUCUUAAGUUGUAUCUCUGAACCUCUGAAAAUUUAGUUUCCAGAUUGCAAUUUGUAAUUUGUACCACUGCAUCUGGACAAUUUUACGUUUAAGAUUUGCAUCUAGAAAUAUGUAACUAUGUAAUUCAAAAUUCUAAAUGCAACAUGAUAACGUGUUUAUUUUGUGAGGUAUAUAUUUGUAAUGUAAA